AUGAAGGUCACCGGCACCCUUGUUCUUCUCAGCGCCUUUUUUGGCAUUUCCAGCGCAGCUCUCUGCUCUUGUGACGGCAGUAACACCGAUUCAGCCACAUGUUGCGCUGACUUCUCUGGCUGGACUGGAUACGAAUGCGAGACAGAUCAGACCACCUACGCCAUCUGCUGCUCAGGCCUUGACCGCACGACUUCGUGCCGAUAA